AUGCCCACAGACUUCCACGGGAGCGAGCCCAGCUGCCAACAGGGCACGCGGCACACGGCGCGCACGGCGCCAUCGACAGACACGGAGCCUGCGACUCCCGAGGCGGUGGACAGGGACGGGGAGCCCGAGUGGGACGCGGCCCACGCGAUCAGGGACGACCGUCGACAGGACGAGCGGCUGCGGGCCCUGUGCGAGGACUGCGGCCGCCCCCUGAAGCGGUUCGCCCGGCUCCCGACGUUCUCCGUGCUGCUGAAGUGCGGGGGCUCGAAGCUGUGCGGCCGCUGCUCGGACGCGAUCCUGGCCGGCGAGAUGCACUUCGCCUGCCGCGCCUGCGAGCCGCGGCGCGCCGUGUGCAGGACCUGCGGGCCAGGGGUCUACAUCGAGCGGGAGUACGACUACGUGGACUCCUGCACCGGCGAGGCCCGCGUGCUCGACAUGCCCGAGAACGUGAUCCACGAGAGGAAGCAGCGGCGCAGGCUCAAGCCCGGGGCCAGGGGCCUCUCGCAGAGGACGUUCGUGCUGGAGGCGGCGGGCAGGGUCUUCGCCGCGGCCAAGCAGCUCGCCGAACGGGUGGGCAACGAGGACGAGGAGUUGUUCGACAGGGAAUGGAGCGACCCAUCCCUGCUUAGCACUUUGGUCGGCCUUGACAACGUCGAGGACGUCGCCGACAUGCUCACGAAGCUGGCCGAGGCGGUGGAGGACGUUCUGCAGAAUCAGCCCACGCUGACACAGGCCCCAGUGCCGUGCAAGAUCUUCGGUGACACCCACGGGCAGCUGCGCGACGUGUUGCUCCUCUUCCACCACUUCGGCCUGCCUGGCACCGCCGACUGCCCCGCGGCGGUCUUCAACGGCGACUUUGUGGACCGGGGCCACCACCAGGUGGAGCUCCUCACAAUCUUGUUUUCGUUGAAGUUGUUGUUCCCAACGUCCGUCUUCCUGAAUAGAGGGAACCACGAGGACAGGAGCAUGAACGAGAGAUACGGAUUCAAGAACGCGUGCGGCAAGGCCUUGGGGCCCAAGGCCGGGGACCGUUUCUACGAUGCGGUCGAGGCGGCUUUCGCGCAGCUGCCACUGGCCACCGUGGUGGGGCAGAAGGUCCUCGUGCUGCACGGGGGCAUCGGCGACGGCUCCUGGCUGCUCAAGGACCUGAAGGCUGUGCAGAGGCCCCUUCUGCACAAGGACCUGCAGGCCCACGACUGGCUGUGGAACAUCCUGUGGUCUGAUCCCAUAGAGGACGACAGCAACCUGGCCAGCAGGAAGGUGUUCGGCGCGCACCCGUCGCCUCGCAGCAAGACGGCCGUGAAGUUCGGCUGGGACGUGACUCAGAGGUUCUGCGCCAUGAACGGGGUGGACAUGGUCGUCCGGAGCCACCAGGCCAAGAGGUUCGGGCUCGGCUUCGACGUGAUGCACAACGAGAUGCUCGUCAGGGUGUUCUCCGCGCGCGACUACGAGAGCAACCGCAACGACGGUGCCGUUCUCCAGGUCACAGAUGACUGCGACCACCCCGGGAUGUUGUCCGUCCGGGCGCAGGUGUUGGCCGCCCUCAGCGAGAAGUGA